GAGAAGGAGGAGAAGGAGGAGAAGGAGGAGGAGGAGAAGGAGGAGGAGGAGAAGGAGAAGGAGGAGAAGGAGAAGGAGGAGAAGGAGGAGGAAGAGAAGGAGGAGAAGGAGGAGAAGUUAGAGAAAAUGGAAGAGCAUGAACUGAUAUAG